UAUUCAUUAGGCCAAUGCACAUAGAUCUCAAUUUUUCUGAGUGUCCAUAAUUUGUAGCACCAACUGCCAAAACCCGGGAACCAAAGAAAUUGGGAAGUAGAGAGAACAUCAAAUCAAAUCAAAUACAGCUAAUUCCAACAUUUAAAGAUCCCAACUGUUUCAAAACCAUGGAUUGGCCACCGCCAUGUCCCAAUCAAACACUCCUAAAAGCUCAAUUCGUAUGAAUAUAAAUAUAUAGAUAGAUAUAUGUAUGUAUAUAUAUGACAAUGAUAUAUCAUUCCCGUAUAAAGUGAUAUGGAUUGUACGAGACACUCUUAGAAGUAACUGCGUGGCGGUGCCCUGAAAUCGAUUCCCGGUGAAGUGGGUCAGAUUCUGGCGAGAGAAGAGAAUGGCUGUGACCAACGAAAAGUCGAUUUCGGAAGGGAAAGUGUGGCGUCUCUGUAGACUGCCGUUUUGGCACUCGACCAAUGCUUCUUCUUCUUCUUCGCAGAGUAGUAGUACUGUUCAUCUGCAGAAUCAAACCAUGGAUCAUUCUAAUCUUCUUUAUCCCAACUCGGUCUCGUCCAUGGCAAAGUCCCUUCUUCCCAGUAGGCGCAGACUUAGUCUCGAUCCUCCCAACAAACUCUACUUUCCCUACGAACCAGGUAAACAGGUGAGGAGUGCAAUUAGGAUAAAGAACAUAUGCAGGUCUCGUGUUGCUUUCAAGUUUCAAACAACUGCACCUAAGAGCUGUUACAUGCGUCCUCCAGGGGGCAUGCUUGCUCCCAAUGAAAGUCUUAUUGCAACUGUGUUCAAAUUUGUGGAGCAUCCGGAGAACAAUGAGAAACUACUAGGUCAGAAGAGCAGGGUUAAGUUCAAGAUAAUGAGCUUAAAAGUAAAAGGGGAAAUGGAUUUUGUACCAGAACUGUUUGAUGAGCAAAAGGAUGAAGUAGCCAUUGAACAGAUUUUGCAGGUUGUCUUCCUUGAUGCAGAACGACCCUGCCCUACACUGGAAAAACUUAAUCGACAAUUGGCUGAGGCUGACGCUGCAGUUGAGGCUCGAAAAAAGCCUCCAGAAGAGACAGGUCCAAGAAUCGUGGCUGAAGGACUUGUUAUAGAUGAAUGGAAAGAAAGGAGAGAAAGAUAUCUUGCUCGACAGCAGGUUGAAGGUGUUGAUUUAGUGUAACAUGCCGAUUUUAUAUGCUUAAGCAAAAGAUUUUAUAAGCUGGUAUUGAAUUUUUAACCCUGCUGUUCUUGACUGAAGCACCGGGGUGUUUAUGAAAUGUGUGAUACAGAAAAUGUAUUUGAAAUUGCUGGGAUUAGAUGGCAAGCUUGAUUAGAAAUGAAAUUGUGGUUUUUUUUUUUUGUUCCCAAGUUCAUAAGUUGUCUCAUCUUAAAUACAUUUUACGCCAUGGCUAGUUCUUCACUAGAAAUUCGGCCAUUCAGACAAUUGGAGAUCAUGUAAAAAGCUUUUUAUUUACAUAAAUUUUCGGAUUUUCUUGA